AUGACCAAGGUUCUCCUCACUGGCGGCUCGGGCUUCAUUGCCGCCCACAUCUUGGACCAGCUCCUCAACAAGGGCCACCAGGUAAUCACGACUGUGCGAACCGAGGAAAAGGCCAAGCCCAUCCGUGAAGCGUACAAGGACAAGGGAGAUCAGCUUGAAGUAGUGGCGGUGGGCGACAUUGCAAAGGAGAAUGCGUUUGACGAGGUCGUCAAGAAGCCCGGCAUUGAGGUGGUGAUGCACACGGCGAGUCCGUUUCACUUCAAAUGGACCGACGCUCAAACGGAAUUGAUUGAUCCCGCCCUCGUCGGCACCACAGGCAUCCUCAAGGCCAUCAAACGGUCCGCCCCAACCGUCAAACGAGUCAUUGUCACGUCGUCAUUCGCCUCCGUCCUCGACGAGGCACACCUCUCCGACGCAUCCCACACCUUUACCGAACAGUCCUGGAACCCCGUCACCAUCGACCAGCUGCACUCGUCGCCCGCCACGGCCUACCGUCUCUCCAAGACGCUCGCCGAGAAAGCGGCCUGGGACUUUGUCGCCCGCGAGAAGCCCAACUUUGACCUCGCCACCAUUUGUCCGCCCGUGGUGUUUGGCCCCGUCGUGCACCACCUAGCCUCCCUGGAGAGCAUCAAUACUUCGAAUGAGCGUGUUGUGUCGCUCGUCAGCGGCGGCUGGAACAAGGGGAUUCCGGCGACGGGCCCCAUCACCGUGUGGGUGGACGUGCGGGACACAGCGUUGGCGCACGUGAGGGCCAUGGAGAGGGAGGACGCCGGCGGGAAGAGGCAUUUGACGAUUGGGGGCAGGUUUAAGAAUCGUGAUAUUGCGGAGGUGGCGUGGAGGAGGUUUGCGGACCUGGGGGAUAAGUUGCCGGAGAGGGAUGUCGAGGGCGGAGGAGCGCCGAGCGCGAGUGAGAAUUUUCGGUAUAAUAAUGAUGAGACGACGAGGGUGCUGGGGAUGAAGUGGACAGGGUUGGAUGAGAGUAUUGGUGAUUUGAUUGUGUCGUUGAAGGAGCAUGGGAUUUAA